CUUUCUUUUGAAUCUCUCCUUCUUCUUCUUCUUCCCCAAAUUCGGAACCCUAACCCUAAAUCUCAGUUUCAAAAUGGCUGAACCAAUCACGGAGGAGCAGCCUCCUCCACCUGCUCCUGACCCUAAUUCUACCUUCCCUCCUCCGUCCGAUUUUGAUUCCAUCUCGAUCCCUCCGUUCGAUGAUCAUUUCUACCAUUCUGGCUCCGAUCACACUCCGAUUGGUGAACUCAUGUCCGAUCUGGGGUUUCCCGAUGGUGAAUUCGAGCUCACUUUCGAUGGUAUGGACGAUCUUUACUUCCCUGCUGAGAAUGAGUCGUUUCUCAUCCCUGUGAAUACGUCGAAUCAAGAACAGUUUGGUGAUUUUACGCCGGAGUCUGAAGGUUCUGGAAUUUCCGGUGAUUGUCUUGUUCUUCCCAAAGAUGUCGAUAAGAGUAUUACAACUUCCGGUUGCAUUAACCGGGAUUCCGAUGAUCGUUGCUCCGGUGCUGACCGUAGUUUAGAUCUACCGACUCCAUUGUCGUCUCAGGGUUCGGGUAAUUGCGGUUCUGAUGUUUCGGAAGCUACAAAUGAAUCGUCGCCUAAAUCAAGAAACGUUGUUGUCGACCAGAAGGUUAAAGUGGAAGAAGCUGCCACUACGACGACGUCUAUUACCAAGAGGAAGAAAGAGAUCGAUGAGGAUUUGACUGACGAGUCUAGGAACAGUAAGUACAGGAGAUCGGGAGAGGAUGCAGACGCUAGUGCUGUUACCGGUGAAGAAGAUGAGAAAAAGAAAGCUAGACUCAUGAGAAACCGUGAAAGUGCUCAGCUUUCGAGGCAGAGGAAGAAACAUUACGUGGAGGAGCUGGAAGAGAAGGUUAGGAAUAUGCAUUCCACGAUUACGGAUUUGAACGGUAAGAUUUCGUAUUUCAUGGCUGAGAAUGCUACUCUAAGGCAGCAAUUGGGCGGCAAUGGAAUGUGCCCGCCGCAUCUUCCACCACCUCCGAUGGGAAUGUAUCCACCUAUGGCUCCAAUGCCUUAUCCAUGGAUGCCUUGUCCGCCUUAUAUGGUGAAGCAACAAGGAUCUCAAGUGCCUUUGAUUCCCAUUCCUAGGUUGAAACCACAGAACACUCUUGGAACAUCCAAGGCUAAGAAGUCGGAGAGUAAGAAGAGUGAAGCUAAGACCAAGAAGGUGGCCAGUAUUAGUUUUCUAGGUCUUCUGUUUUGUCUAUUUUUGUUUGGUGCAUUGGCUCCAAUUGUGAACGUUAACUAUGGAGGAAUUAGUGGUGCCUUUUAUGGGAACUAUAGGUCUAAUUAUAUUAGUGACAAGAUUUACAGUCAGCAUAGGGAUAGAGUUUUGGAUACAUCUCGUAGUGGUGCUGGUACUGGGGUUCCUAAUAGUAAUGGGAUGCGUUGCGGGAGAGAUUCUGACCGAGGAACAAGAAAUAAUAUAUCUGCAACAGAGAGCUCCGUACCUCCUGGAAAUGGUAGUGAGCCUCUAGUUGCAUCACUCUUUGUUCCGAGGAAUGACAAGCUUGUAAAGAUAGAUGGGAAUUUGAUUAUCAAUUCUAUAUUGGCGAGUGAGAAAGCUGUGGCUUCGCGAAAGGCUUCUGAAUCAAAGGAGAGGAAAGCUGACUUGAUGAUCUCUAAAGAUUACUCCCCUGCACUGCCUCUACCUGACGUGGGAAGGACCGAGGAUAUGGCUAAGCAUCUCUAUAGAUCUAAGGCUGAAAAACAGAAAGCUCUAUCCUCUGGCUCUGCUGAUACCCUGAAAGACCAAUUCAAAACAAAAGCAGCCAACGGUGAAAUGCAGCAAUGGUUCCGUGAAGGUGUUGCAGGGCCCAUGUUUAGUUCAGGGAUGUGCACUGAAGUGUUUCAGUUUGAUGUAUCCUCAACCUCUGGAGCCAUCAUUCCUGCAUCUCCAGCAACCAAUGUCUCUGCUGAACACGGUAAGAACACCACAGAGACACACAAGCAAAAGAACAGAAGAAUCCUUCGUGGUCUUCCCAUUCCACUCCCGGGAUCAGAUUUUAACCUCACCAAAGAGCACCAAAGAAACAGCAGUAGCAAAGAAAUCAAGCCUGCCUCAUCAAUGGUUGUAUCUGUGCUUGUUGAUCCCAGAGAAGGCGGUGAUGGAGAUAUAGAUGGGAUGAUUGGGGGACCAAAAUCACUGUCUCGAGUUUUUGUAGUCGUGCUCCUGGACAGUGCAAAGUAUGUAACAUACUCCUGUGUCCUACCUCGAUCAGGAGCUCCUCAUCUUGUGACAACUUAAAGACAUUUGAGGAUUGAAACAUAUUUCAGCAGGUCUUCUCUCCUCUAGGCUUUGUAUGUAAAAGAAUAAAUGCCUGCUCUUUGGUAUGAAGUAAUAUCCUUAGCUAAUACCGUUGUCCGGUUUUUGUUUCCAGAUGUAGAAUCCGAAUGCUGUAACUUUUUUUAUACCUUUUAUAAACUUAUAACCUUAGA